AACUACAAUUUUCAUGCUGAUGGUUUUACACACUACAACCAGAUUUCUUCGAAUGGGCACCUGCCUCCAGGUUUAACCCACUCACUCCUAGGAAAUGGAGCUACUCCAAGCACUGCAUCCUCCACUUCUUCUGUCUCCUCCUGUUCCUCUUCUUGCUCUUCAUCUUCUUCAGCAUCUUCCUCCUCCUCCAACCUAGCCCCUGCCUCCGCCUCCAUCGCCACCUCUGCUCCCGCCUCAGCAGCAACCACCACCUCUGUCGCUGUGUCCAUCCCCUCUGCCUCCGCCCCUCCUGGCUCAACUGCAACAGCAGGAUUACUCAGCCCCUGUCACUCCGGGACCGGUUUCCAGACGAUAUUCCCUUUAUCACAAACCCAGAUCCCGAUAUCAACCCAGUCAAAGGGAAUGCUUCGAGAUGCAGGUCCAAUGAGCUCAGGACUUUCACUACUGCCAUACUGUUUUACGGCAACACCAGAAGCACCACCAACAGUCUCUGGGCUUAUAGGAUCACAAGGCCUAACUUUGACUCAGCCACCCCAUCAACUGUUUCCUCCUCCCUCACCGAUUGCUCUAGCUGCCCCGAUGCAACCCACCUCGGGGGGCGCAGCUCACCGAGGUGGGGUUGAGUGGAUGCGAAAGUUGGCGUUUCGAUAUCGCCACAUAAAAGACGUGUACAAUGCAUACAGGCGAGCUGCUUUAUAA